ACGUCCUCUCCCUUUCUCCUCUCCACCUCCAUCACAACUCACCUCCUCCCCUUGUACCUCCUCCCCCUCCCUGCUCUGGACCCCCCACCCCUCGGUCAGCAAGCCGAGCAGGGGGGGUCAGGGCGCCAUGGUAACCCAUAGCAGGCACGACCCCCCCAGCCAUGAGCAGCGUUACCCACCCAGAGGCCAGAGGUCAGGGGUCAGACGUGCACCCCCUGCGCUACAAACCCUUCAGCUCGCACGCACACUACCAACAGGUGCUGUGUGCGGUGCGUAAGCUACAGGAGAGUGGGUUCUACUGGGGUGCAGUGGGGGGUCGUGAGGCCAGCGCUCUGCUCCGCUCCCAGCCCCCCGGGACCUUCCUGGUCCGAGACUCCUCCGACCACCACUACUUCUUCACACUGUCGGUCCAGACGGCUCGCGGGACCAAGAACCUCCGGAUCCACAGCCAGGGGGGAAGCUUUUACCUGCAGCCUGACCCCCACUGCACGCACACGCCCCCGCGCUUCGACUGUGUGCUCAAACUGAUUGGACACUACAUGGGGAAGGAGGGAGGUGGAGGAGGAGAUGGGGAGGCCGGGGUAAGGACAGGGGGAGGCAUGGCUGCGACUGCAGGGGAGACUGUGGGGACAGGGAGUUUGUAUCUGAUCCACUCUGGGGGAGAGAAGGUUCCGUUAGAACUGCGUCGACCCCUCCCCUCCUCCCUGUCCUCCCUCCAGCACCUGUGUAGAAGGACCCUGAACGGACACCUGGGGGGCCCGGAUCCCCCCGACACACACCAGCUCCCUCACACUCUAAGAGACUUCUUGGCGGAGUACGAUGCUCCCAUCUAACACACACACACACACACACACACACACACACACACACAGUCCAGUUUGGGGGUUUCCCCGUCUAACGGUUGAGGAUAGGAUUUGGAGAGGGUAAGCUGAUCCUAGAUCGAUGCCACUGCUUUCCUAUCAAGUGGAGCCUCAUAUAGGUAGCCAUGGAUACACCUCUCCUGGAGAGACUGUCAAUGGGAGUCAGGAAAACCCUGGGGGUCAAAGGUUAUUGCCCUGUCAGCCAAGUUAGUCGUUCUCCCAGCGGAAGCUGUGAUUGGGUAGUCAAAAAGAUUAAAGUGACACAGACAGUGAACGUGCACACACGCAAGCAAACACACACACGCAAGCAAACACACCCUUUAGCAGUAUCUUUAGGAGUGUUGUCAGAAGGUUUCCUGUGGGUUUGUUGUGCUGCUGGGGCUGAGGAACAGCUCUUUCUCUUGAUUAGCAGAAGCUUACCUCUCCUCUUUCUCCUGUCUGACAUGUAAAAUGGGCUGACUGGAUUGAGAGUGAGAGAGAGAGGGAGAUAGAGAGAGGGAUGGAAGUAUAAUGAGAGAAAAGGAGAGAGGGUGGGGAGUAUGGCAGUGAAUGUCAAACCAGGGGCCCAUAGCAGAGUGAAUGUGUUUGUGUGCAUGGUGUCGUACACAUUUCCACUGCUGCAUGCCAACUAGCAUGGCCUCAUAGGAAGGUGUGAGGGAUCAUGGCUGACAACAGCCUCUAGCCUCACACACAUAGACACACACACACACACAGGCUGAAGACAGCCACUAGCCUCACACACAUAGACACACACAGAUAGACACACACAGCUUUGGAAGCUCUUCUGUUAGAAUGUGAUGGAGGUGCCCCUGUCUCUCCCUCUUGUCUUUAUCCCCCCCCCCCACCACCACAUAUCUCUCUUGAGAACAGGAGUUGUGACAGUUGAGUCUGAGCAGACCCUGUUAGUAGGACAAAAGCCCUGGCAGAAAACCAAAGCUAACAGUGGAUCUUAUUUAUAGUCCCCAGGGCGGCAGGCAGGCAGGCAGGCAGGCAGGCAGG